CACGGCGCCCUUCAGAUCGACACUCCUGUCUGCGAACUCAAGGAGACCCUCACCGGGAAGUAUGGCGAAGACUCCAAACUCAUCUACGAUUUGGCCGAUCAGGGCGGCGAACAGUUGGCUCUUCGGUACGAUCUGACGGUUCCGUUCGCCCGAUAUUUGGCUCAAAACAAGAUCACGACAAUGAAGAGGUACCAGAUCUCGAAGGUGUACCGCCGCGACAACCCAUCCAUAACCAAAGGCCGCUUCAGAGAGUUUUAUCAAUGCGACUUCGACAUCGCCGGUGCAUUCGAUCCAAUGAUUCCGGACGUCGAGUGUUUGAGAAUUGUGUACGAAAUCCUUAAGAGUCUACAAAUCAACUCAUUUGUGAUUAAGGUCAAUCACAGGGAGAUAUUGGACGGUAUGUUUGAAUUAUGCGGAGUUCCCGCAGAAAAAUUUAAGACAAUUUGCUCGGCGAUCGACAAACUCGACAAAAUGUCUUGGGAUGAAGUGAAGGCCGAAAUGAUAGGAGAGAAGGGUUUGGACGAAUCGGUUGCCGAUAAAAUUGGCGAAUUUGUUCAGUUAAACGGUUCUACGGAACUCGUGGACAGAAUGUUAGCCGAAGAGUUGGGCACUAAUGCGAAGGCCAAGAGUGGAUUGGAAGCGAUUAAACUACUGUUGAAAUACUGCGAUAUUUUUAAGUUAACGGAUAAUAUUCGGUUUGAUUUGAGUCUCGCCAGAGGUCUGGACUAUUAUACGGGUGUCAUCUACGAGACAGUGUUAACCCUAGAGGAGGUCGAGUGCGGAAGUAUAGCGGCCGGCGGGCGAUACGACGGUCUGGUGGGUGUGUUGGCCGAUACGCCCCGAUGGCAGGUGCCCUGUGUUGGCGUCAGUAUUGGUAUCGAACGUAUAUUAGCUAUAAUGGAGAAGCAA